AUGAAGUCGUCUAGUUCUUUUAUUAAAUUUAAAUCUUUACUAUCAUUGACUUUAUCACGAUCGUUGUCGACAUCAGCGGUCAUUAUUUAUGGAUUUAUCCUGAUUAACCUGUCGCGAUGUGACGUUCCGAGUGUUAGUGCCGGUAAUUAUACGAAAUUACCGGCUAACAAUCAAACGAAGCUUGAUAAUCACAACAAUGCUACAAUUAUCAGUAAUUUAACUUUAAAUAAUUCAUUAAAUAGUCAUAGUUCAUCUUCAUCAGUAAGUGAUAAUAAACAUAUUGAUAAAUUAAUAAACUCAAGCACUUUGAAAAAUAAAAGCACUGCUGUGCAGAAUGCUAAUCAAACUGCUGAGACUGUGCUUCCUAGCGGUCAUGGACCAUCUCUAGAUUCUGGGGCUAUGAUGAGAGCUUUUUAUGUUUUCCUUGGCCUCAGUGUUAUUGGUGUCGCCUAUUUAAUAUUUCGUUCUACAAGAUUACGCAACAGUCCAGCACAAAUGGUCAGAAAAUAUGGAAUACUUGCAAACAAACAAGACAUCGAAAUGCGACCACUGCCUCUUGACGAAGAAGACGACGACGAUAAUAUCGUAUUUGAUGCCAGUGGACUUGCUAAAGAGCUACAUCUAGCUGCUUAA